GCGGGCCGGGGCGCAGCCGCGCUGAGGCGGCGGGGCCAUGGCGGCGGCUUGGCUCUGCACAGCUAGGAUUAAAGUCUGCAAGGCACCAGCUUUUGGGAGAUGUGUACGGAAGGAGUUCUGGACAAGGUCAUGGAGAAGGGAAGAUGCUGGCCUGCCCUGGAUUUUUGGUUCGUGGAAGUGUUUGCAGUCACAAACCCAGCGAGUUCAUGGUUUCAGUAAUUACCUCAGGAGACCACGAGAGCUGUCUGUGUGUCUGUCCCACUCGGCCCCUGCUGCUGUGGUCCAACAGAAGGCUGUGGAUGGGAGCACAGAAGAAUUCAAACUGGUCUACAGGUUCCCAGGGAUAAAAUACUGCAGGGUCCUGUCGAGACUGAAGCUGUUGCAGACUGCCACCUCCAUGAUCAUGCUGCCUCCCAUCUGCUACCUCUACCUGCAGGACCAGGUGUCUCAGAACAUCCUCUUCUAUACAACUGGCAUUGCUGUCUUUGCUGGGGCAAUGUUGUAUGGCAUGAGCUACUUUUUCAGAAGAAUUAUUGGAUUAAUCUACUUAAGUGAAAUGGGACAAACUGUCAGAGUGGCCCACUUGACGUUUUGGGGAAGACGUAAUGAUAUUUACUGUCCCAUAGAGACAGUGGUGACUUUGGAUGAAGUAGGAGAUAGCAAGGAUGAGCUGCUUCACCAGUUCAAACGGUAUAACAGUACAGAUACUUUGUAUUUUACAAUUAAGUAUGGCCAGAUCGUAGACAGACAGAAAUUUACUCAAAUAUUUGGAGAACUUGAGUGACACAGCAGCUCAUUUCCAGUGAUUUUCCAUGUUGCAUGUUCAGUGUGCUUAUUGUUCCAUGAGGUUUAAGUACCAAACUACACAUCUCUGUCCUUUUCCUGUGCAAAGCCUGCUCUAAGUGCACCCAGUGUAGAAAGUCACAGUAGUAAAGCACUGGAUUAAAGGUCUUGCAGCUUG